UGCCAUAGUGACUCCGUCCCAACAGACACGACGUUCUUGUAGGCUGCGGUCGUUAGCUAAAAUCUUACUCAAAUACGGUAAACCUAUGAUGAAUAUAGGGAGCUAACUAACACCGGGACAUGUUGUGAAAAAAUACAUUUACACCCGGAUUCAGGAAGAGUUUCUUUUCAAAAGCGUGGUAGAAGACCUUGGUGAAAUACUGCAGCCCCUGGAAAUAAGAAGCAUGAAUUUAAAUGACUAUGUGGUUCCUAACAACAAGACCAGAUCUGUCAAGCUCAAUGCCAGGAACUUGCGCAAACUGCAACUGGACACCACAACUCUGGCCAGUGAGAGCAAGAAAAUGGAGGAGAAACUUAAACAGUUGAAAGAAAACAUGAGUAAAGAGAAGGAGGAAAGAAGGCAUUUUAGAGACUUAAAGUGGAAAUUUGGACAACGUAUUUCUUCAAUCACUAACCCUCAACCAAACAGCUUCAAGAAGACCAAUGACAACAAAAUCCUGAAACUUCCAGCAGGGAAAAUAAAGAUCAGAGUUUUGAAGGAUGAGCCACUGCCAGCCCCAUCGCAGUCAUCAUCUUCAUCUUCAAUCCCUAGCGCUGGCCUUGGAAUGACAAAAAGAACCAGAGUCAAGGGAACAAUCACCAGAAAAUGUGAAGUCAAAACAACAAAAUCAACAGACGCACAGGCUCAAGUGAUCAGCCAAGACGUCAGCUGCUUCCAGAGAAAGAUUAACCCUGGCUCUUUUCCCGGUAUCUAUAAUCCUGAUUCCAGUAGAAGCCCUGAUUCCAAUAACAGCCUCACAUUCAAUGCAAUAACCACAAGAGACGAUGAGUGGCCAAAGAAUGGAACAAAGGUGAAGGAAAAACAGAUGGAAAUUUUUCAUAAUUGCAGCCAGGUUCUGGUUGUAAAACACGGCCAGGAGAAAGCAGUGGGAGUAAUUGAAGAUGAUAAAAGUGAAUUGGCCAACUCCGUUUUUACAGGACAGUACAGUGAGGAGGAGUCUGCAAGAUCUUUUCAGGAGGCUCUGAUACAGUGGAGAAAAGAAAGGAGCGAAGGAAAAGAAAGCCUUGUUACAACCGAUGUACUGGAGACACCCACGACACCAGCGUUUGUGUCAGCCAUGUCGACCCAAACUGACAGCUCUCCAGGCAGAGAAGCUGAUGGACUAAAAAGAGAAGGAGCAGAAGGGAAGCUAAAUGUGAAGUUUUCUGAAAACAGCCUUACCUACAUGGAUAAGUUGCUUCUCAAGAAGCACCGCAGAAAACCAGUUGAAAGUCCUCCAUCAUUGGCAUUUGGCAUGGGUUUAAAAUCACCAGCUACCACAGACACAGAGGAAGAGAUGGCCACCAUCUUAACUGCUGAAGAGGAAGAUUUUCGGGAGUACUGUUCAUCACUGCUCAAAGUCCCUGUCAGCAAGGACAGCACUGAGUCACAAGUUUCCACGCCUGAAUUAUAUCUAGUCAUAGAAAUUUUGGAUGAGGAAUCCAAAGAUAAGAAGAUGGUGUCUUUGACUGAGAAAAAGUUGGAUAGCAACCCAGUGAGUUCAAAAGCUGAUCUCUCCUCUACCUGUUCAACUCAACCAUCCAGACCAUCUAAAGCAUCAGUUCGACAAAAAGUCAAGAAGUCACAUUGCCUUCACGAUCAGAUUUCCAAAAAUGACUCGGUGAAAGACAGGGAUAUAAUGACCAGUGACAGUCUUUACCUGGCUCCAACAGAAGAAGACUCCUGUGCAGAGAAAGCAAGAAUACAUGGACAUUUACCAAGGGAGAAAUCAAGAGAAAUGGCCAAUAAUCUGGAAAUGUCUUAUCGAGAGGGCUUAAGACCUGCAAAGAAAAGAACAGAUAAAGAUUUGCAAACCGAAGGCACAAGACAGCGGCCAGAAACACACAUGGUGAUGCAAAACCAGACUGCUGGGUUUGGAUCAGAGCAGUUCUGUGAUCUGGAUGGGUUUUUGCCUUUAGGUUUGGACACGGAUACCGGUCACCCAGACUCACCAGAGCAGACACACUGUGACAGACUUCACACAUGCCAAUUUUCAGUGCGUGCCUCAGACCCAACAGUGCAUCGUUCACACAGCAGCCUUGGACGUCACUCUGAGGAAUACCUGCUUGGCGAAGUGAUGAAGGACAGAUAUGCAGAGCCAACGGGAAUUCAAAUUCAUUCAACCCAGAGAGAAGAAAUGUCAGCAAAUGAACUCAGAACAUCUGGUUGUCAACUUUCUCGAGCUCCACAAGUGGUUAUGGAGAUCUGCAGUGUGGACCAGACUGGCUGUGAGGACCCCGACAUGGACACCGACAUGACCGCACGAAUGCUGCACAUUAUGGAGCAGGAGCUACAACUUCUGGCAAAUACACAGUGCAUGCCUGUCCAAGGUUUCAGUUUGGAGUCAGAAGACAGUGGAGGGGAAAACGAAGAUGAGAGUCAACAUUUGAAAUGGGACGGCCCCAGCAGGGAACAACACCGAGAGGAGAACACUACAGAGAGAGACCGACAAAGUGUCCUCUUACUGCCAUGAGUCACGUACUGACAGAGACAAGCGAAUGAAAUUCACAAUUGGUUUAAAUUGUGUUCAUGUGUUGUGCAAAUGCAUUUUACCCACAUUUUUAUAAAU